AUUCAGAAAGACCAAGCUCCCGUUCAAGCUCGUCGACGAGUGGAAGCUGAUAGUGUACUUGGUUGGCCCCCGUGCCACGCUCGAGACGUUGUCUGUGACAAAGCGCCUGCCCCAGAAGUGGGACGUCUCCGCUGAUGUGAGAACGUUGCCUGCUGUCAGAUCCCUGCCUGCAGGCUCUCAGGUAUUGUCUCGGGCUCAGAAAGGGGGUGGGUUGAGCCCUCAACUUCAGCAGCUGGUGGCCGACCACCCGGAACACGAAGUCGUCAGGGUAGGCGUGCCAUGGACUUAUCUGGAGUUCAUUCGAGAGGCGUUCAAGGUUGGCCAUCCUUGUCACAAGCUUUCGGAAACUCGACCUUUGCUCCAGGCAGUCUUGAAAGAGCUUGUGUCUAAAAUUCAUGGGGUCAAAAGCCACAGGCAGGCGUGGUUUAAAAAAUGGGAAGAGCGGGCUGCCGUCUUAGAACAAGACGAGUCUGCUUUGAAAGCGGGCAUGAGUGAUGUCAGAAGGGCAAUCUUGGCUCCAAAAAGGCUCCUAUUGUUUAAAGAAAUUUUGGUUGAUCUGGAGUACGACGACAUGGAGGUUGUCGAUGAGAUCAUCAGUGGAGGGUCUCUGGUCGGCCCAGUGCCUGUUACUGAUGUGCUAGAUGCUAAGCGCAAGCCCGCCAGGAUCUCAGUUGAUGUGCUGGACGAACUCAGAGACCAAUGCAAUCACGCUGUGUUGUCCAGAGCCGUCUCCUGCGGAGAUACAGAGCUGGAUAAAGAGCUUUGGGCUAAGACCCUUGAGGAAGUCGACAAGGGACACCUGUUGGGCCCUUACGGCGUUGAUCAGCUUCCAGCCGGAGCCUUUGUUAACAAUAGGUUUCCGAUCAAGCAAGCUGACAAAGUCCGCCCAAUCGACAAUUACUCCAGUAGCCUUAUCAACGACACGGUUACCGUGUCAGAAAAACCAGUGGUGCAUUCAGUUGAUGAGAUUGGAGCAGUUGCCACAAACUUCGCUGCCCUUGCGAGAAAUGUGGAAAAGAAGUCAAAGAUUUUCCAUCAAGUCGCGGUGCCCUUUGGAUCGACGAAGGCUGUUUAUUUCUUCUUAAGAGUUGCCCGUGCUCUCUGGACGAUUAUUGUCAAAGGCCUGAAGGUGGCAUCUACCAAUUUCUUUGAUGACUUCGUCUUGUUAGCCCUGGAGAUCGACAUAAAGUCAGCUUGGACGUCCUUCGAAAGACUCAUGAAGUUGCUGGGCUGGAAGUUGUCUGAGGACAAAACAACUGACUGGUCGGCGGAGUUCGAAGCCCUUGGGGUAGUGUUCGACCUGACGGACGCCAUGUCAGGGGUGGUCAGGAUAGGGAACACAGACAGGCGAAAAGAAGAGAUUAUUGCAAAGCUGAACGAAGUUUGCUCCAGAGGAACUUUGACACAGCAGGAAGCCAUGCAGCUUAGAGGCAGGAUGCAGUUUGCUGAAACACAAUGCUUUGGCAGGCUGGGCAGGACUUUGCUCAAGCUCGUUACCAGCCACGCUUACUCUGGCUCCAUGUUCGUUUCGAAGAGAUUGAGGGGUGCCUUGUUGGACUUCGCAGCUUUGCUAAGGGACACUAGGCCAAGAUUGAUCGGAGCAAUCUCGUGUCGAUCCUUCAUGUUGCUGACUGAUGCCUUCUACGACCCAGGAGAAACACCGGCCGCAGGUUUGGGAGGAACAAUCCUCACGGGACAUGGCACUGCCUUGAUUUACUUCUCUGUCAAAGUGACAGAACAGGAUGGUGCUAAACUCGCUCUGAAUGACGAGGCGACCGUCAUUUAUGAGCUUGAACUCUUGGCUGUACUCGUUGGUUUCCUGGUCUUUAAAGAAUGGAGCAAGGGAGUGGAACCCCAACACGAAGGAAUAAUGGCCGGCGUCGGGAUUGUGUCUUACAUGGAUAACGAUGCCGCACGGUUCGCCUUGAUCUCGGGAGUCUCCAAAAAGGACAUUGCAGGUUUGAUCGUGGAAGAGGUAGCUUGUGUCGAGAGUGAGCUCGGCAUCGCACCUUGGUUCAGCAGGGUAGGCACCGAAUCUAACUUGGCGGAUGAACCUUGGGGGUUUGUCACGAAGCUCGUUGAGGAGCUUGGGUUCAAGGAUUGGUCAGAGAGGGCCGCGCAAGUGUCAGGCCAGUUUUUCUCAAAGAUCGCGGUUCAGAAUUACCUGUACGCACCGCACCAGUGGCUCGCAGAAAGCUGCUGGGAUAAAAAUCCGAACUUGGGGAAAUCCAUCAUCUUCGGCUUUUUGGAUACUUUCCCUCGUUUGGUUGUUGCAGGGUCUCUGUAUGGUGAAGUGCUUCUCGGUACGCUCCGCCCGGGCACGAGCUUGCUCCCAGUGCAGCAGCUUCGAUUGCCACAUGCUCCAGGAUGUGCUGUACACUCUGUCGCCGUCGCCAAGGUCGGCGAUGUUCCUAAACGCACCAUUGCCACAGGCAGUGCAGAUGGCGUUGUACGCUUCUUUGCCUCUGAUGGCUCCCCGCUUGGCAGUUUCCAGGCCUAUUUGCAGCAGCCUGUGCUGUCCCUGCAGCUCGGUCGCAGCACCCAGACAUCCUACCUGGCGACGGCCACUGGCGGAACGGUUGCUGCAGAGGAAGGUGAGCUGAUGGAUGCAGCGCACCUCUGGGAGUUUGCAAACCUCGGCCAGGCUCCCCGUCUUCUCAGCUGCUUCCAGCAUGGUCUCGGAGUGAACGGCAUUGCCAUGUCUGUGGAGCACAGCCGCGUGGCCACUGGCUCUGACGAUCGAAGUGCGGGUUUGCACGAUUUUGCUGGCCGCCGCCUGGCAACUUGCCGAGGCCACCUGUCCUUCGUGUGGGAGGUGGCGUUGUCGCUCGAUGCGAAACUGCUUGCCACUGCCUGUGAAGAUGGACAAGCUCGUCUUUUUGAUGCUGCCGGCCAGCUUCUGCGCAUAUUCGCUGGGCGCGGGACCUGCGUCGAGGUGAUAAUUGACAUCGGCAUGUGGACACUUGUAGCAACUGCUGGCAACUACCUGCAUUUGUGGGGCUUCGGCGAGGCACCAGGUGCAAAGAGCAGCGCGCUUUCCGCGGAGCAUCAGUCAGCCGUUCAUUGCGCAGCCGCUGUGCUCAGCUGCGGCCGCCUUCUCUCAGGCACGGAUCAAGGUGAGAUCGUGGAGUGGCACGCCUCGACCUUGACUGAGAAGAGCCGAAUCGCGGCUUUCUCUUCGGCAACUGUCACCUUGGCAGUUGGCUGCAACCUGGCGGGUGUUAUGGGACCUGCCGCAACCAUGGCGGACGACGCCGACCUCACCGCCGCUGAUGCGGAGAUUGAGGAGCAGCUUUCCGCAGCAUUCAGUUGA